AUGGAAGACCCUACGGCUCAUCAACCUGUCGAUGAAGCCCAGCCUCCUGCAGAUUCAUCUACUCAGGGCGAUGGGGGGAAGGAAGAUCCUAAUCGCAAAAAACCCAACGUUAGAAAAAGGACAAAGACCGGAUGCCUUACAUGUCGGAAAAGACGUAUCAAGUGUGAUGAGAAUAGACCAACUUGUAACAAUUGCAUCAAGUCUAAACGGACAUGCGAGGGGUAUAGCAAACGAGUUGUCUUCAAGGCCCCGAUAGGGUCUCAUCCCCUCCAGGGGCCUUUUGGGUCGGUCGGCUACCUUCAAGGCACGCAUCCCUUGAGCGAGUUUGGAACCCAGCAAAUUCGACCUUCUGGCCAAGGACUAUUGCCCACCAUUGCACCAAGACCUCCCGCCUUUGAAUACGUCCCACAGCACCCCCAUGGUCUUCAAUAUGGAUCGGGUGAAGUUCCUCAGCUUGGCGGGCUUCACUCACCAUAUGAACUCACGCCACCUUAUCCCCAUGGUCUAUAUACUGCCGAGCCAAAUCCUUUAUUGCAGCAUACACCACCGAAUUUCCCACCACCUGUUCAGCCAGGACAGCCCUACUCCUUAUCUGAUUCAAGAGCCCAACAGUAUCAGAUAAGCAACGCACCUUCCCGUGCCAGACCCUUCACUUCAAUUGAAGGCGGAAAUAACUUUGCAGCAGGCGCUUCGUCAUCCAAUCAAUCUUCUAAUGCAAAACCGAACGUUCAGAUCGUCCACGAAACGUAUGAGAGUGAAGACGAGGAUGCCUCAUUGGCAGAUUCUGACGAUGAAGCCGGAAAGGAAUCUGCUCUUGUCUUCCCUUCUGCGUCACUUCUCCCCUUAUUCGGCGAUAGAGCUACUUCGCUGAGAUCGUUUACUGGAAACUCCCAGAGCCAAAUGGUUGCUGAUUACAUGAACUACCCACAUAUAGCAGAACUGAGGGACCAGGCGAAGAGGCAAAUAUUCCAUCAUUUCAUCAAGGUCACCGGUCCAAGCAUGUCACUUUAUGAGCGCCAUCCGUUUGAUCCGUCUGAAAGGGAGGCUGCUGAUGCUGACUCGGGGAGUAAUAAUAUCUGGAGCUAUACAUUCCCGGUGCUUGCUUUCCAGCAUCCUGGACUCCUUCAGGCGAUGCUAGCAAUGUCGAGCCUACAGAUUGCAAGGCUACAAGGGAUUCCACCUACAGCAGCACAUAAACACUAUCACAUUGCACUCCGACGCAUUGCUAAAAAUGUACAAUCCGUUUCAAAACGCGUCCAUCCUGCUACUAUAGCGGCAACUCUAUUGCUUGGCUACUUUGAGGUGUGGAACUCGGAACAUACAAGUUGGUGUAAUCAUCUCUAUGGGGCACGGAGCCUUUUUGCUGAAAUUCCUCUGAGGAGGCUUUCGCAAAAAUGCCUGCCAGUCAAGAGCAUGAAAGAGAGGCAGAAGCUCAUGAAGCAGAUGGGACUUGCUAGCAUAGGGAGUCCUAUCCCUAAAGAUCCUGCCACAUUGGACUAUGAACUUCUGACGACCCUGACCGGGUUUCAUGUGGCUCCAAGUGACUAUGGACUCAGAGAAGACCAAGUCCUCUCCUCCUCUUCGGCAUCUGUGACGGACAAAGAUAUUGCAGAUUACGAAAAUCUCCGAGACCUUUUUUGGUGGUACUGUAAAAUGGAUGUUUAUCAAAGCAUCCUCGGGGGAGCGAAACUCUUUAUGGAAUAUGAACAGUGGACCCAGUGUCCGCCUCGAGCCCCAGCAUCGAAGCUCGGCGGCAUUUAUGGGACAUAUGAUCACCUCAUGCUAUUGUUAGGCCGACUUGCUAACUUCCAGUCGAAUGAUUCAUCUCGGAAGCGCCAGGCGUAUCGAGCCCAGGGUUCUGCUUCUUCUGAACAUUCGCCGCCUCCCUUCCCCGGUAUGCUGCCGAAUAUGGGUGGAUUUCGUGCACCAAUGGGAUUCAGCCUACCUCGAAAUGUUCCUUCCAAGGCCGAGGCACCGGAGCAGAUUGACCUCGAAGCAAGUUUGCAGUCUGCGAUGCAAGAAUGGGAAGGCAUUCUAGUCGCAUUCCAACUUUUUAAAGAGCACCUAGGACCUGAAUUCCAGCCUCUUGGUCCUGAAUAUACAGACAGGAGGGAGCGCCCGUUCGGGCUUGCUCUACAAUAUAGAACCUUUUCAGUGGCGGGGAUAUGGCUGAAUUACUACAUGGGCCUGAUAGCUCUUCAUCGCUCUCACCCCUCGAUGCCGCCUACGGCUAUGCAAUCAGUUGGCUUGUCGGCACGUAAGACGGCUGAGUAUGCGAACUUGAUUGGGCGAAUUGCUGUGGGAAUGUUUGACGGCGGCCCAGAGGUCACAGAGGUCAGCACAGUCAGCGCGGCAGCUUUAAUUGAGAGCGCGAUAUGUUUGUUUGUGGCUGCGGUUCAAUUCCAAGAUGAAGAACAGCGGAAAUGGGUCGUUCGAAGAUUGUUUGACAUCACCCGACUCACUGGAUGGCAGUCUGCUCAACAGAUUGCUGAAGGCUGCGAGACGAGCUGGAUUAAAGCUGCGCAAAUGAGCAGAGGCCCAGCAUAUGAGAGGACGAUAAACCCGAAUGCCACAGAUGACUCUGUAUGGAAGACGGCUCGGCGAAUCGAUAGACGAAUCCAAGAGGUUGAGCAAGGCGAAGAGACACGUCUUGUGUUGGCCAGAGUUGAACGGGCGCACUACGCUCUUGGCUUGUUGGGAGUAGAGGACGAUCUAGAAUUCUUGGACUUGGGAGAAAAUGCUGUUAACAAAAGAAUAGAACCUGAAGAGUGA